GCUGAGAAGAGAAACCUCUCCUGUGUCCAUGAGGAGCCACAAGUCCAGGGAUCAACCUCCGGUAUUUAAAGAUGGACGCCGUUCUGCUGAUCAAAGAAUUCGUCAGGAGGGGUCAGAGGCUCCCAGUGGUCAGUCUGCCCUGCUGAAUCAAAUGGACCUGGACUUCAUAUUUAAGGAGCUCGAGAAGGACGUUGUCAGCUUUGUUAAGAAUGAGCUGAAGACGCUCCGGAGGAUUCUGACACCAGAUCAUGCAGAAUCUGUCGAGGGGCAGAGGGAGGAAGAGGGAGUGAUGCACUGUGAGGAGGGAGUGGAGAGGAGGAGCAGCUCAAAGGCAUGUCUGAAGAUCACGCUGCACUGCCUGAAGAGGAUGAAGCAGGAGGCGCUGGCUGAGAUUCUGCAGAGCAGGUGGCCUACUGUCAUUUGCCAGCGUAAAGUCAAAUCUAAUCUGAAGAGGAAGUUCCAGUGUGUGUUUGAGGGGAUCGCUAAAGCAGGAAACCCAACUCUCCUGAAUCAGAUCUACACAGAGCUCUACAUCACAGAGGGAGGGACUGGAAAGGUCAAUGAUGAACAUGAGGUCAGACGGAUUGAGACAACAACCAGGAAAACAGCCAGCCAAGAGAUGACAAUCAAACGUCAGGAUAUCUUUAAAUGCAGACCUGGAAGAGAUCAGCGUGUACGAAAGCUGCUGACGACGGGAGUGGCUGGCAUUGGGAAAACAGUCUUAACACAGAAGUUCGCUCUGGACUGGGCUGAAGGCAAAGCCAGCUGCAACAUACAGUUCACGUUUCCGUUUACGUUCAGAGAGCUGAAUCUGCUAAAAGACAAAAAGUUCAGCUUGGUGGGACUUGUUCAUCAGUUCUUUCCUGAAGUCAAAGAAGCAGGACUCUGCAGGUUUGAAGAGGUCCAGGUUCUGUUCAUCUUCGACGGGCUGGAUGAGUGUCGACUGCCUCUGGACUUCCACAACACUGACGUCCUGACUGAUGCUACAGAGUCCACCUCAGUGGAUGUGCUGCUGACAAACCUCAUCAGGGGGAAACUGCUUCCCUCUGCUCGCCUCUGGAUAACCACUCGACCUGCAGCAGCCAAUCAGAUCCCUCCCGAGUGUGUUGACAUGGUGACAGAGGUCAGAGGGUUCACUGACCCACAGAAGGAGGAGUACUUCAGGAAGAGGUUCAGAGAUGACAGAGAGGAGGAGCAGGCCGGAAUGAUCAUCUCCCACAUCAAGACUUCACGAAGCCUCCACAUCAUGUGCCACAUCCCGGUCUUCUGCUGGAUCACUGCUACAGUUCUGGAGGAUGUGUUGAAAACCAGAAAGGGAGGAGGGCUGCCCAAGACCCUGACUGAGAUGUACAUCCACUUCCUGGUGGUUCAGUCCAAACUGAGGAACGUCAAGUAUGAUGGAGGAGCUGAGGCGGAUUCACACUGGAAUCCAAAGACCAGUAAGAUGAUUGUGUCUCUGGGAAAACUGGCUUUUGAGCAGCUGCAGAAAGGAAACCUGAUCUUCUAUGAAUCAGACCUGACAGAGUGUGGCAUCGAUAUCAGAGCAGCCUCAGUGUACUCAGGAGUGUUCACACAGAUCUUUAAAGAGGAGAGAGGACUGUACCAGGACAGGGUGUUCUGCUUCGUCCAUCUGAGUGUUCAGGAGUUUCUGGCUGCUCUUCAUGUCCAUCUGACCUUCAUCAGCUCUGGUGUGAAUCUCCUUUCAGAAGAAGAAACAUCCUGUCAGAGAUCUAAAGCAGCCCAUGUAGAAUCUGACCUAAAAUGCCUUCACCAGAGUGCAGUGAACAAGGCCAUACAGAGUCCCAAUGGACACCUGGACUUGUUCCUCCGCUUCCUCCUGGGUCUGUCUCUACCGGCCAAUCAGAUUCUUCUACAGGGCCUAGCAAAAGGCUCAGGGGGGAGACUGCGGACCAGGCAGGAAACUAUUGAGUACAUGAAGAAGAAGACAGGGGAGAAUCUCUCAGCAGAGAGAAACAUCAAUCUGUUCUACUGUCUGAACGAGCUGAACGAUCACUCUCUGGAGCAGGAGAUACGAAGGUACCUGAGUUCAGGAAGACUCUCCACAGAAAAUCUCUCUCCUGCUCAGUGGUCAGCUCUGGUCUUCAUCUUACUGUCGUCGGAACAAGAUCUGGAUGUGUUUGACCUGCAGAAAUACUCUGCUUCAGAGCUGGGUCUCCUGAGGAUGCUGCCGGUGGUCAAAGCCUCCAAAAAAUCUGUGAUGAGUGGCUGUAAGCUAUCACAGAGCAGCUGUCAAAGCCUGGCCUCAGUUCUCACCUGCCAAACUUCUCGUCUGAGAGAGCUGGAUCUGAGUUACAACAACCUGCAGGAUUCAGGAGUGAAGCAGCUCUCGGGUGCCCUGAAGUGUUCAGACUGUAGACUGGAAACCCUCAGGUUGAGUGGCUGUAAGCUCACAAACAGGAGCUAUGAGGCUCUGGCCUCCGUUCUGAGCUCAAAGUCCUCCAGCCUGAGAGAGCUGGACCUGAGUGACAACCACAUGCAUGAACCAGGCGUGAAGCUGCUCUUUGCUGAAUUGAAGAGUCCACAUUGUAAACUGGAAACUCUCAGAUUGAACCAAACCAGUUUCAGUGAGAAAUCCUGUGAAAACCUCUCAUCCGUUCUGAGCUCGCAGACUUCGAGUCUGAGAGAGAUUGACUUGAGUAACAAUGACCUGCAGGAUUCAGGAGUGAAGCUGCUGUCUGUGGGACUGGGAAGUCCACACUGUAAACUGGAAACUCUCAGGUUGUCAGGCUGCCUGAUCACGGAGGAAGGCUGCUCUUCCCUGGCCUCUGCUUUGAGCUCCAACCCGUCCCACCUGAGAGAGCUGGACCUGAGCUACAAUCAUCCAGGAGACUCAGGACUGAAGCUGCUCCGUGCUGGACAGGAGAAUCCACAGUGGACACUGGAAUCUCUCAGGGUGGACUUCUGUGGAGAGCAAAGGCUGAAACCAGGUCUGAAGAAGUAUGCGUGCGAGCUCACUCUGGACCUAAACACAGCGCACAGAAACCUCAAACUGUCUGAAGACAACAGAACGGUGACAAAGGUGCAGAAGGACAUGGAGUAUUCCGAUCACCCAGACAGGUUUGACCUCUGUCAGCUGCUGUGCAGCCAGGGCCUGAGCGGCCGCUGUUACUGGGAGGUGGAGUGGGAAGGACUGGUCGACAUAGCAGUGAUGUACAGAGGAAUGAGGAGAGGAAAUAGUGCCGACUGCAGGUUCGGAGGAAACAACAAGUCCUGGAGUCUGUACUGCUGUGAUGGUGUUUACUCCAUCUGGCACAAUAACAGAGAAACCGUCAUACACCCGCCUGCCUCCUCGGUCUUUAACCGAGUAGCGUUAUACCUCGACUGGCCCGCGGGCACUCUGUCCUUCUUUGGCGUUUCCUCUCACAAGCUGAUCCACAUCCACACCUUCAGCUGCCCAUUCACUGAACCGCUCUACCCUGGGUUUGGGUUGGGGUCCUCAGUGUCUCUGUGUGACAUAUAAGAAGGCUUUAGGUUUUUGUAUGUCUUGUGUGGAGAGGCGGUCACCCACUUCAUCCGCCUCACACCCGCCCUCCAACUCCAACAUGCACAGAUGCUGGAACUGUUUGAAAGAGCAGUUUCUCUGAAGUCUUCUGUGGAAUAAGUCUGAGACUCUACAGCCAUGAAGGUGCCUUUGUCAGCCGGUAGUUGCCACUGUAAAGUGAAGUUAGGAAAAAGAAGGAAAAAGUUUUGUUGUGUAAAAGCUGCGAACAAGUAAAAAUCGUUAUGUAAAACUUUCGACAGUUGAAGCUGAACAAAGAAAAGCUGAACAAAGAAAAGCUGAACGUUUGUUUACAUACAGUGCAUCCUCGGUCUCUAACAAAUUCCUUCCAGACCAAUUUUUUUUUAAAACAUUUUAUUUAAACAUUGUUUACAUCCAUGUUUACUUGCCAGCUGUCAUCAUCUUGCCUUCCCUCGCUGGCAGACUGUUGUGUUUCACAGCAUGUGACAGUGGAAGAGUGUGAAACUUCUGGGAGUUGUGUGUGCGCACCAGAGCAAACUUAACAAAGAUCCACAGGAUGCCUUUAAAGUGCAAUUUGUUAAAGUUCUUCGUUCUUCUUCUUCUUAUUAUUAUUAUUAUUAUUUUGUCAAGACUAGAAUUCAAGCUUGGGCUGGUUGGAGAGUAAAUAUAAAUAAGUAUGAAUAUAAGUUAUAUUUUCAUCUAGUCACUUUACAGACUAGUACAGUUGGAUGCUUUAUAUGGAAUAGAUAGAGAAAAUCUGUGGGUUGAUAUGAGUUAGGAUACGUUCCAGGUUUUUACGAACACUGCAGUUAAAACACUAAAGGUUGUGUCAUCCCUUACUUUCUCUAAAAAUAAAAAACGUUAUAAAUCUUU